UCAACUUCACUGAAGUAAUGAGAUGGGACAAUGCAAAUCUUUGGGUUACGACCUCGCUGAAAUAUUAGCUUGUUGAAAUAUAACUCCCAUAAUGCACGCCUCUAGUUACUCUUUACGUCAAAUCUGAGCGACAAAAUAACUGCCCUCAAAACAACAAAAAAAACUCCUGAAAAUCAAGUUAAAGAAAAGUGUUAGCGUAGCGUCUCAGACCUGAUUGUUUAAAUCUGCUUAACACUUAAUGGUGCUGGGCUUUGCAGCCUCUCUGACCUUUAUUUCAAACUAAAUGCACUGAUUGUUGCUCUUUCAAAUUUCCCGCUGUUCUCUCCGCCUUUAAUGUUAUUAGCCGAGGCUAGUGCGUUAGCUAGCCAUGUUUCUCUAAACUGGGCCUGUGACAUGGAGCUAAGUAAGGGGAAUACUAUUCUGUUGACUAAGUUUAGUCUUAGUUUCUACAGACAUCUUUAAAAUGGAGGUGACCGACAUCGGAAACAAAGAGGAGGGGAAAGUAUGGCAUCGAAAACCAACCCCAGGCAAGGGUGUAUUGGUGACGGUGGUUCGCACUACUCAGCAGGCCAAGACAGUGCGUUUCCUCCAUGUGACCUUUGACACCACAGGAGACUCCUUCCUCGCAGGAGAUCACCAUGGCAACAUCUAUGUCUUUGACAUCAGUAGAAACAGAUUUCGUCUGGUGCAAAAGACAGGACAAGCCUGCACUGCUCUAGCAUUCAGCCUCCGCAGGACCACAGAGUUCCUUGUGGCCCUGGCAGACUACACCAUCAAGUGCUUUGACAAAGACACAAAGCAGCUGGUCAGUUGGAUGCGGGGCCACGAGGGAGCAGUUUCAUCCAUCUCUGUCCACAGCUCAGGUCGCUACGCCAUCAGCACCUCCUCAGAUACAGCUCAGCUCUGGGACCUGGACACCUUCCAGAGGAAGAGGAAGCUCAACAUCAGGCAGUCUGUUGGCAUUCAGAGGGUGUUUUUUCUGCCUCUGAGUAACACCAUCCUCAGCUGUUUCAGUGAUGACUCCGUCUUUGCUUGGGAGAGUGACACACUGUUCUGCAAAUAUCAGCUCCCAGUCCCAGACUGUGGACCCAAAAUCUCCUAUAAGGCCUUCGCUGUCACGCGUGAUGGUAAGAGCCUUGCUGCUGGUGGGCGCUCCAACCUGCUGCACCUGUGGUGUCUGGACAGCAAACAGCUGGUUAGGGUGAUUCAGAUGCCCACACAGGUCCGAACUGUCCGACAGCUCGAAUUUCUGCCCGACAGCUUUGACGGAGGAGCAAGUCAGACGCUAGGUGUACUGAGCCAAGAUGGCGUGAUGCGCUUCAUCAAUAUUCACACCUGCAAGCUGCUUUUUCACAUGGGAUCCCACGACAACGCCAUCACCUCGGUGGCAGUCAGCCCUAAUGGCCGACAUGUUGUGGCCAUCAUGGAUAACGGCAGCAUCAAUGUCUACAGUGUUCAGAGUCUCACGCAGGAAUUAAACAAGCCUCCUCCCUCACAGGUGGCAGUAGUCACUGGCAGUGAAGCUGAUCAGGAAAUGUCCAACCUUAAGGUCAAAGUCAGAACAGAGGUCAUUCAGAGACCAGCCAAAAGCUCGGGUAGGCAGACACAAGUGAAGACACUUCAACCCCCUGCUGUGUCUGCAGCUGAGGAUAAAGAGAAUGAACUGCCUGCUGGUCUGAAUAAGAAGAGACUGGUGGCCCUGCUCAAGGAGUUUGGAGAAUAUCCUGCCAAAUACAGGAUGUUUGUGUGGCGGUCCUUGUUGUGUCUUCCAGAGAACCACGCGGCCUACAGCAGUCUGACUGAUAAAGGCCUGCAUUCAGCCUAUCUCACUCUGCAUGAUAAAUACCCCAUCAAAAGUCACAAGCUACAGAGGGGGCUGCAGAGAGUUUUGUCAGCCUUAGCUCACUGGGCAGCCAUCUUUGGAGAGCUGGAGUACCUUCCUCUUGUAGCCUUUCCUUUUGUCAAGCUCUUCCAGAACAACCCAAUGCUCUGCUUCGAGGUGGUGGCCACUGUCAUGGUGAAUUGGUGUCAGCACUGGUUCGAGUACUUCCCCAACCCUCCUCUGAACAUCCUGAGCAUGGCAGAGAACGUCCUGGCUCAUCACGACAGGGAGCUUCUGCAGCACCUGAUGGACUGUGGUAUCACCUCACAGCUCUACGUGUGGCCCCUGCUGGAGACCUUGUUCUCAGAGGUUUUGACUCGCGAUGAGUGGCUCAGACUCUUUGACUCAGUCUUCUCUAACCAUCCAUCUUUCCUGCUCAUGGCCUGUGUGGCCUACAUCACCUGCUGUCGUGAGCCUCUGCUGCUCUGCAACCAGAAACGGGACUUUGAGUAUUUUUUCCACCACCGUAACAACCUGGAUGUGGGAGCCAUGAUAAAGGAGGCCUACCGACUCAUGAGCAGCACACCGGCAGACAUCCAUCCCAGGACUCUGCUUUGUGACUUUACACCACUGACCAAAGGCCAGUACCCUGUGUUUAACCACUACCCUGAAUUCAUAGUGGAAUACCAGAGCCGGGAGAGGGAGAAGAUACGACUGCAGGAGAUGGAGUACCUCCGUGAGAGACAGGAAGUGUCAGCCCUGCGUGAAGAUUUUGUGCGUCGCCAGGCUGAAGAGGAGGCCUAUUAUGCACAACAGGAGCUCAUGCAGAAGGCGGAGGAACAGCGCAGAAACAUCCUGGCUCAAGAAGAGGAAAAACUGACGCAGCAGAGGGCAAAGUUGGCAGCCAUGAAGAGAGAGCUAAAGGUGAAGGAGCUACAGCUGCUGGAUGCAACUAGAAGACGUUUCCUCAAACACCAGCAGGACCUGAGAGCUACGCAGAUCAAAGAACUGGAGCAGGAGAUCAGCAGAAAGAUGGAUCUGCGGGAGCGAGAAACAGCUACUGCAGUCCAGGAUCUCGAAGUCAGACAGAUGGAGCUGGAGGCUCAGAGGAGACGACUUGAACAGCACCUGUUGAAGGAGCAGGAGCGCAUGGGACAUGAGGUUGAGGAGGAAGUGGAGAUGAGGAUGAAGAGGGCAGAAAGAGAGGAGGAGAGCUACACACAGCUGCUACACAGCACCAAGACGAACCUGCAGGCUUUGGAGGAGUCCUUAGCUGAGGCGUGCCAGCUGGGCUUGGAGUCAGACUGGCAGAAAGAGGUGGCGGAGCGCCUGCAGCAGGUGGAUGCUGAGCAGGAGAGGAAGAGGGAGAGACUGGCAGAGCUUCACAGGAAAGCCCUGGCAGAGGAGGAGAGACUGGCUGACACCACGAGAGACAUGGCAGGAAGGAAGUGGGAGGAAGUAAUGAACAGCAGGGCUCAGUUAAAGGAGCAGCAGCAGCCCCCGUCUCCAGCAGAGCAGAGACAGACGCCAUGUUGGACCAGAGGACUCUCUCAUAGAGGCAGUACCACCACUGCUGUUUGUGUUGGAACAAGCACUGCUGGCCCUACAGUCAGACCCAACAUGGUGUGUCUGAACACCAGUUCACCUUCAGAGAGCACCUCCACCAACUUCUCCCUGGACCGAGGCCGGGCCCAGCUGGACAGCAGCGAGAGAGAACUGCUGAAGGAAGUCAGAGAGCUGAGACAGAAGCUGGCGGCCAGAGCCAAAGAGGGCAGCUCCGCCUCCUCACAGUCUGUCCACACGCUGUCCUCUGUCUCCCAGUGACCACGUCUCUCUUCAGAGUGUCAGAAAAACAUCUUUUUGUCCCAAGUGAGUUUGAACAACAGAAACAAUGAUUCAGACUGAGCAGUGUACCAGAUAGUUACUUACUUUUUAUCACUUUCCAAGUGCUCGUAUACCAGCUUCCCUCCAUCCACAGCUACAAAUUAUUAACACAGCCAGAGUCAAACAAGUUAAUUGUACACCAUCAACUGCUAUCUGUGUUUUUAUGUGUUAUCCAUAAAAACACCAGUCCUCUGACAGGUUCCCGGUAAGGACAGAAAUAGAUUACUCUUUGGCUUUGUUCUAGCUUCAUGUGACGUGGUUGUUCACCUUGUGUCAGAACUGUGAAGUCCUCCUUUAAUGCACAAGGGGGUUCUCUGAAUUCAGACCUUCCAUUUAUUGUCCAGUUGCUUAUAGUCAUGGUUGUCAUUUUUGAAAUAUUUGUGCUGGUGCAUUUGGAAUUUUUAUGUAAGAGUGUGUUUGUAUAUUUUGUCUUAUUUAAAACCAGUUUUUGGAUAAAAUGUUUUUAAAAAUCCUG